AUGACGCUUCAAAGCUACUGGCAGAACACAGCGCUUGUGCAACACUAUCGUGCCAUAAAAGCGGCACCACGAGUGACACUCACGAACAAAUGGCUCAUUCUUUCGGCCAUUCUCUUUGCAACGGGAGGCAUGCCUCUGACUUGGGAUCAGGCAUCUGCCGCGGUAGCACCUUCGCUCCCAGGCUUCCAAGAGCAUUUCCAUCUUGGGACAGGAAGCAGCGCAUUGAAGAUCCGCAACUUCAUCUCGAUCGUAUACAUCGGCGCUGGUUUCGGGGCGGCACUGGCGUUCCUUGUCAACGAUAGAUGGGGUAGACUCUGGGCCUUCCGCCUGUACGCUGUCAUCUGGAUCAUAGGUCAGAUGAUAGCCGUGUCGGCGCCGAAUCUCGCAGCAUUGUACGCGUCCAGGAUUGUCAGUGGCCUCGGCAUGGGAGCACUAACCACUGUUGGCCCAAUGGCGAUCACUGAAAUCUCACCUCCAGAGAUUCGUGGCCUUCUCACCGCCUGGUUCAACGUCGCGAUGGGCAUCGCUUCGACCUCGGCGGCAUUUUGUGUGCUCGGAGUCUACGAGCAUGUGCAGGCAUCACGGUUGCAGUAUCAGAUCGUAUGGUUCGCCCCAUGUACCUUUCUGGCAGCAGCAGUCGCCGCAAGUUUUUUCCUUUGCGAAAGUCCACGGUGGCUCUUUCUGGUUGGUCGGUCCGAGGAGGCCUCCCUCACCCUUGCGAAGCUUCGAGGCUUGCCUCUUGAGCAUCCACGGGUGCAGAGCGAGCUGUCUGAGAUCGAAAGCGCCAUCCGGAGGGAACGCAGUGAACAUGAAGAUGGCUUUGUGGGUAUCCUGAAGGAGACUUUUCUUGUUCCCGCAAAUUUGCGAAGAGUGGUGCAGAGUCUCGGGACUUAUGGCCUCGCACAGCUGUCAGGGGCAAACUCUAUCACGUCGUACUUUGUUCCGAUCUUGACGAUUGUUGGUGUUGGAGGAGGAACAGCGCGCAACAUGUUCCUGAGUGCCAUGUACACCUUCGCGAAGCUGUGGUUUGCCGUCAUCACAAGCUUCUUCUUCGUCGAUGCUCUGGGCAGAAGGAACUCGCUAUUUGUUGGGACUACCAUGCAGAUGAUAUCAGACAUUUAUCUGGGUGUCUUCGUCAAAUACCGGCAGCAGGGCCACGUCUCGAACGGCGCAUCGCAGGGCGCCAUUGCCUUCAUUUUCCUUCAUGGUUUUGGUUACGCAACAGGUACGUACAAUCCACCGGUGGACGUCACACUCAUAACGUUGAUCCGUUUAGGGCUGUACAUUCUGCCAUACGUGUUUGGAGCUGAACUAUGGCCAAAUCGUAUCCGAUCGUUCGGGAGCGCCUUGUCUCAGUCGUUUCACUGGUUCUUCAUUUUUGCUAUGGCCUAUGGCUCGCCUUCACUGCUGGCGCAGACCGACAACUGGGGAGCAUUUUUAUUUUUCGCGGGUUGGUGUUUCCUGUCAGCAGUAUACGUCUACUUCUGUGUGCCAGAAAUCGCCGGCAUGAGCGUGGAGGAGAUCGACUUUCUUUUCACGGGCUCCUGGCUCAACGCACACAAGCAGUCCAAGAAGCACAAAAGCUCGAUCCAGUCCGGUCUAGACAGUGAAGUAGUCGAUGACAGGAGGAUGUCAGAUCCGGAACAGUAUCUGGAAGUACCCACCAAGUCAGAGAAACCAGGCAAGACUAUGGCAGACACCACUAUCUACUUCGAUAUAUGUCUGUACGAAGAUCCGAUCUCGCGACGAAAACUACCUCGCAACUAUGUCGAGAACUUGGAACGGAAAUUGAACUAUGUUGAGACUCUGCUUCGACAACAACAGCUGGUCUACCAAACUCCAUCCGCGCCCGAGCUGCUGGCGGCCUCCAUUACCGCCAGCUCACCCGAGCCAACUACUCUUGAUGAUCACGAGAACCCUGAAGAUCUUCACGAUCUGGCAUCGAAAGUUGGGACACUAAGUCUUAACGCUGCGGGAGCCGAGCCGCAUUAUCUUGGAUCUUCAUCAACAUUCGCUUUCGCUCGUCUCAUCAAGCCCCUUCUCAGCCAGGUCGGGAAUUCUACUUUCCAGGGCGAACCCUCAGAAGCCGUUGAUCUGACUACGCCAGCCACUUGCCACUUGCCAGACCCUGCAACAGCUGUGAUACUAAGCAAUGCCUACUUCGAUAAUAUUCACAGCCAAUACCCAUUCCUUUACGAGGCGGACUUCAGGGAAUGGGAAUCAGCUAUCAUCCUAAAUGCCCAUGAGCCGAUCAUCGACUCUGCUCCAUAUUUCUUCCUCAACAUUGUCUAUGCUAUUGGUGCACUUCUGGUACCUCAAGUUGAGUACACCGCGGAGCGACUCUACGCCUCAGCUAUGUGUUAUAUUGAGCCCCUUCUCUCAACAGACACCAUGCUAAACAUCCAGGCCAUUCUGAAGUUAGCCGGCCUUGCAGUCCGACAAUGCGUUGACUUAGGGUACCACAGAGAUAUCCACAGAAAUCAGCCGGACAGUAUCAGAUCAGAGAUGCGCAAGCGCGUGUUCUGGUCUGCAUAUUCCAUGGAAUGCGCGUCUUGCAUUCAUCUAGGUCGACCCCUGAGCUUGCAUGUCAACGAGGUUGAUGCCGAGAUGCUUACAGACGCCGACGAUCAGUACAUCAGUACGGCCGGCCUGGCCGGACGGAGACGUUUCAGUAAAAGCGAUCCGCCAACAAAUGUAACACGAGCAGUGUUCUCGAUCCGUCUCAGGGCUUUGCAAGGUCGUAUACAUACAGCACUGUAUUCUGACACCCGCAAACACGGCUCACAAGGUGAACUCGACACCACGAUAGCGCAACUUCUUCAGGAUCUGGAGAUGUGGCAAGCUGAUCUGCCUGUUCUUCUCGGUCCUACAGGGCCAGCUUUGUCGCUUUUCAUGACUGACGACUGGGCUCUGCUGGUCUACAAUCAGGCCAAGCUGCAACUUCUACGUCCUCAGCUCACACGUCAUAAUGACAACAGCAGCAAGAUCGAGGUCAUCGAAACAUGCGUAGGACUCGCUGCUGAGCUUUGCCAUGCAUACCGCCGUCAGUACUUCGGAAAGCCAACGACGCACACAUGGGGAGCUUUGCAUGAACUCUUCCUUGCAGGCCUGACCUACGCGUACUGCAUCCGAAUAAGUCCUACGAUUCGAGGACGUCUUGGGUACCAGAGCAUCAGUAAGACAUGCACGGACUGCACGAUCACUUUCGUCAUCCUGGCUGAACGAUGGAAAGAUGCGGCACCAUACCGUGAUCUGUUCGAAGCAAUAUCGUCCAGCACAUUAGCAUUGGCAGCAUCACCGGCUUCAGCCGAUGCAGCGAGCCAGUCUCUGCAUGCGCCGGAUGAGGCCGGAACAGAUUUCUCAGAGAUGUUUGCUUCAUUCGCAGAUGAAGUCGACGCCCCGGCGCAGAUUGACUCGAUGCUUGAUGCUCUUUUGACCGAGUGGACUCAAUAUCACGACUGA